CUGACUGUAUAGUGGACUUGAGCUUAUUGAGCGUCAUCCUACUGUCUUUUCGCCUGACCCGUCCUCCCCGUCUUUUGGCGUCAAUUUCUCUUUUAAAUGUCUUACGCACACCUCCUUUUCCCCUCUUAUCAGUGAGGCGAAGGAGACGGUGCCCGUACUGAGCACAUUUGGGUGCGGCGUCCUCUCAAGGAAAGAAAGCAUUUUCGUUCAGCCAGCGGUGGACAUUUUUUUUCUUGCCUUUUGUAUUUCGCUGCCCGUCGCGGGAUAUUUUUGGUUUUAAUUUAUUUGUGGAUUUUUGCUCGCUUCUCUUCCGCGGCUCAUUUGUCUGAUUCUUUUCCGCGCUCACCGACGUCCACCCGCUUCUAGCUGUUGCAGGAAGUUACUUACUAGCGUCAACAAAACUUGGACAUAAACAACUUUCGGCGGAGAAGGGCUGCGCUUGGCGGAAGAGCCCGUCAACUGGCCGGCCUGCUGUACUCAAUGGCCGGCUAUCUGCUCGCGGACGGCCGUCGCGCGCUCUAAACAACCGCUUUUCCCCUCUUUCACUUUUCCCCCUUCAGUUUUCCCGAGGAAGAGAGAGGCACUUCUGUGGAUUAAAAACCCAAUUCGGUGAUAUUUUCAAUGAGAGAAGGCGCCAGAAACCCCGACGUCUAAGAUAAGCAUUUGUAGUGGGACCACGCUUCUCCAAACUGGGAUCCCAGAAUCCAGGUCAUAAAUGACAAGGGCCUGAGCAUGACGAGCAAGCGGAGCCUGUUCGGGCGGCUGGUGCCAUGCCGCUGCCUGCGGGGGGAGGAGGAGGCCGUCACGUCGUUGGACUACUCCCACUGCAGCCUGGAACAGGUGCCCAAGGAGAUCUUCGGUUUUGAGAAGACGCUGGAGGAGCUCUACCUGGACGCCAAUCAGAUUGAGGAGCUGCCCAAGCAACUGUUCAACUGCCAGUCCCUGAAUCGACUGAGCCUGCCAGAUAAUGACCUGACUGUGCUACCCGCGGGCAUCGCCAACCUCGCCAAUCUCAGGGAGCUCGACAUCAGCAAGAACAGCAUCCAGGAGUUCCCAGAAAACAUCAAGAACUGCAAAGUUUUAACCAUUGUUGAAGCAAGUGUGAAUCCCAUCUCCAAACUCCCAGAAGGAUUCACGCAGCUUCUGAACCUCACCCAGCUCUACCUGAAUGACGCCUUCCUGGAAUUUCUGCCCGCCAGUUUCGGCAGGUUGACGAAGCUGCAGAUCCUGGAACUGAGAGAAAACCAGCUGAAAAUAUUGCCCAAAAGCAUGCAGAAGCUAACUCAGCUGGAGAGGCUGGACCUGGGCAGUAACGAGUUCACGGAAGUGCCUGAAGUCCUGGAGCAGCUGACCGGAAUCAGAGAGCUCUGGCUGGAUGGAAACAGACUGACCUUUCUGCCAGGGAUGCUCGGAAGCCUGAAGCAGCUGUCCUACUUAGACGUGUCCAAGAACAAUGUGGAGAUGCUAGACGAGCAGAUCUCAGGGUGCGAGAACCUGCAGGACCUGCUGUUGUCCCACAAUGCCUUGACCCAGCUGCCGGGCUCCAUAGGAUCCCUGAAGAAAUUAACUGCUCUGAAAGUGGAUGAGAACCAGCUGAUGUACCUGCCCGACUCCAUAGGCGGGCUUGCUGCCCUGGAGGAACUGGACUGCAGCUUAAAUGAGAUUGAGGCGUUGCCGCCGUCCAUGGGCCAGUGCAUCAACCUGCGCACCUUCGCUGCCGACCACAACUUCCUGACCCAGCUGCCCCAAGAGGUGGGCAGCUGGAAGAACCUGACCGUGCUGUUCCUGCACUCCAACAAGCUGGAGUCCCUGCCAGAGGAGAUGGGGGAGAUGCAGAAGCUCAAGGUCAUCAACCUUAGUGACAACAAGCUGAAGAACCUGCCCUUUAACUUCACCAAGCUGAACCAGCUCACUGCCAUGUGGCUAUCGGAGAACCAGUCGAAGCCGCUCAUCCCGCUACAGAAGGAAGAGGACCCAGAGACUCACAAGACCGUGCUCACCAACUACAUGUUUCCACAGCAGCCCCGUACCGAGGACUACACCCCCACCUCAGACAAUGAGAGCUUCAACCCUUCCCUGUGGGAGGAGCAGCGAAAACAGCGCGCCCAGGUGGCCUUCGAGUGCGACGAAGACACGGACCGAAGGGACAUGCCCCCACGGGAGGGCAACCUGAAACGAUACCCCACGCCUUACCCCGACGAACUGAAGAACAUGGUGAAGACGGCCCAGUCCAUUGCCACCCGCCUCAGGGAGGAUGAGUCCGGUGACGAGUCUGGCAGGGAAAGCAAGGCCAGCGACAGGACACCCAUGGGUGUGCGGGACAUGGGUGUCAAGGUGGUCGAGAAUACCUGUGCCAAUGGAAAACCAGUGGAAGCAGACUCCAAAGCCACCAUGAACAGCCUCACCGGCAGUGUCACGCCUGAGCCGGGAGAGGAAGAGGUUCCAAGGACACAGAAUGCCCCCCUGAUAAUGCCUGAAAACCCAGGCAUGGUGCUUAACCACAAGGAUGCCCUCGAGGGUUCAGAGGAGCUGUCCUCAGAAGACGACGAGAUGAAGGUGGCAGAAAUGCGCCCCCCUCUGAUCGAAAUCUCCAUCAACCAGCCGAAGGUGUUGGUCCUGGGCAAGGAUAAGAAAGAGGAGAACAGGGAUGCAGACUCGCUGCUGGACGAUACGGUGGCCAACAGCAACCAGAACAACAGCAACUGCUCGUCACCGUCCCGCAUGUCAGACUCUGUGUCCCUGACGACGGACAGCAGCCAGGACACGUCGCCGUACACGCCAGAGCGCGAGGCCCGGCUGCCCUUUCUGCCCAAGAGCGGUUCAAGACAAGAGGAUGAGAAUCAGAACCAGCUGUGCAGCAGUGAGCCGCCGCUGCAGAACGGCAGCGGCUCGGAUACAUUGCUGCAAGCGCUGCUGAAGGGCCAGCCGGGUUCUGAGCCACGGCUCGGGCACAUGGCCGCCUUCGACGUCGCCAUGGAGGAGAAGCUCUCCUUGCUCCGGGACAUCGACCUGAACAGUCGCACCGGGGACAAGUGGGACCACAUCAACCGGAACGUGAUGGAGCUCACGGACAACUUCACACGGGCGGGAGACCCCGACAAGGCCGCCGAUCUACCCACCCCCAACAACAACACGCUGCUCGCCGGGGCCCUUGAGAACGGAAACCAGCCCCUUGCAGACAGCCCUGGGGGGGGGACCCGCUCGUUGGCCGAGGUCCGGACAGCAGCCGUGGGUGUCACAGCUGGCGGCGAGGCCCAGCUCUCGCGGAGCACUGAAGAGCUGUCCCCCCAGAAGAGAGCGCCACCCGCGCCAGUGGUCAAAUCCCAGAGCAUCACCAACAUGGAGACAGGCGGCAUGAAGCUGUAUGGUAUCGAGUGCGACGGGGGCCUCUACGAGGCGGGGCCAGCAGGUCGAGGCCCUGCACCUGGCGCUCAGGGCCAGAGCAUCGUCAGGAGUAAGUCAGCCUCGCUGCUAAGCGACCAGCCCCUGCAAGUAUACCCCAGCACCUCUGCGUCCUCCUCCGACCUGAUGCUGGGCUCCCGGAUGACUGCUGCCCGAGCUGACCCCACCGGCCCCAGGGGCCCACUGCCCACUGGCAUGCUGCAGCAGCAGCAACAGCAGCAGCCACCGCCACAGUAUAACAUCCAAUACACCAGCAGUGCAAUGUCCAAGGACGGCCUGUGGGCCCUGCGUACGCCCAUGCCGCCUGAGCAGGCCUACCUGCCUCCCCAGCACUUGCUGGCCAACACCAACUACUCCAACCGCAACCAUGCCCCGCCCUACCCCCUGCAGCCGCUGCAGCGUGGCCUGCUCCGGCCCACGGACCUGAGGCCCGUGGACAGGAUGUUGCCCCCUAGGGGCCCACUGCAGCGGCAGCCCAGCACAUCCUCCUCCUCGGCUGUCUCCAUCUCACUGCAGGACCCCAGGCGUGUGGCGGUUCCCGAGGGUGACUACCUGACAUACCGUGAGAUCCACGCACCGGGCCGGGGGUUGGCAUCCAUGAGUCAGGCGGGGCCUCGGCCCCUGUCAGCCCGCACCUAUAGCGUUGAUGGGCCAGGCAUGCCCCGUCCUCACAGUGCGCGGCCACCCCCCCAUGAGGUGCCAGAGAGGACCAUGUCAGUGACUGACUUCAACUACCAGCAAGUGAGCCCCAGCAAGCGGCCCAAUGUGCGCGUCAAGUCAGAGCACUCGCUGCUGGAAGGGCCAGGCACGGGGCGCGUGCCUGCCGACUGGAGGGACCAGGUCAUGAGGCACAUUGAGGCAAAGAAAAUGGAGAAGAGCAUGCUCUCUUGGUCCCUUAACGCCACUAGUGACAGCUCUAGGGAUGUGCAUGUCAGCCCCGGCACUGUGGCCUUUAGCCCUGGGGACAGACGGCCGUACGGAGCCUUCAGCUUCUGUGAAGAUGUUUUUGGACUUCCUGGACCACAGAGCUACACCAUGGACACGCUGCGAAAAGUACCUCUGCCCAACGGCCAGGUAUGCCCACCUCCACGGCCCCCCAUGAGCUGUGGCCCGGCGCCCAUGGCACGUCACCCGUCCCGCGAACAGCUCAUCGACUACCUGAAGAUGAAGGUGUCCCAGCAGGCACAGGGCCCCCCACGCUCACCGCUCGACCUGGUCCAGCAAGAGGUCCAUGUGCAGAUUGAGAAGAAUCCUGAGCUGGGCUUCAGUAUAUCAGGAGGCUUGGGCGGCAGAGGAAACCCCUUUCGCCCAGAAGAUCACGGCAUUUUCGUGACAAGGGUCCAGCCAGAGGGGCCAGCGUCCAAGCUCCUGCAGCCAGGGGACAAGAUCAUCCAGGCAAACGGAUACAACUUUGUUAAUAUCGAUCAUGGAUAUGCAGUAUCUCUCCUGAAGACAUUUCCCAGCACAGUGGACCUGAUCAUUGUCAGGGAGAUGUCCGCCUGAGAUGGAGGUGGUCCACGAGUGGGACAGCGUCACGCAAACGAGCCUCUUUCAUAUGCAGGCGUUCAGCUCACACUUGGUAAAGGAUGUGUCACCGCUGUGGUAAACGGGACUAAACCACUUCUCGGAGUAAAGGUGGUGUGGCCUGGCAGAAUCUCCAGUGCGGGAUACCCUACCCUUGUUUCUAAUCAGAUGGACAGUAAGAAGGUGGUAUUCCUACGUGACAAAAACCCUGGUGUGCUUUCUGUACAGACUGUAGGACAUAUUUUUUUUCCUAUUUCCCCUUCUCCUUUAUCCAUAUGAAUUUUACAGAAUAAUAGUUCUUGUAGUAAAGUGACAGUUUGUAGCUGGCUAGUAGAGGGCAGGGCUCUCUGUUUGCCAACACCUGUAUGCCUUUAUUUUUAUCGUUUUUUUUUUUUAACUUAAAGUGACAAAACCACUUUUAAAAUGUACAGAACAUACAAUCAGGACAGUGCUCUGACCUGAAGAUGAAUGUGAAGACCAAUGUAAUGCUAAGUUGGUUUUACUAGAUGUUCUUUUUUUCCAUUCCCCGGUGAAUGCCCCCCCCCCCCCCCCCAAACACUGACUCUUACGCACUGUGGGGAACCAAAAGGGGGAGCCAGUAUUGCACUCAGCAAACACCAGGGGGCUCCAUAGCCCCUUAUGCUGUCCAGGCUCCUUGGCGAACAGGACUUUGCAUUGCCCAUUAAGAAGGUCCAGAUGAGAAGCCCAUGCCAGGAUUCAUGUGAAGACACCCCUUUAUUUCAAACACUGAAAUUUGAAAACAAUUUUAUAGCAGAAUCUCCUCACCAAGACUGGAAUCUCUUUAGAGAGAAUUUAAUCUAAACCAUUCCCAACCUGUAACAUGCAAUACGUGUAAAUGCCCAUUGUAUAUGAAAUAGAUGGACUGAACCAUUUAGGAAGGGAGGGGAAGUGGGUGGCAGGUGAGAAGAGAUGGUGGUGAUGAUGGUAAUAUUUGCUUGGCCUUAAUUCACCUAGCCCUGAGUAAGUGAAAAGAGCAAGUGGUGUGUGUGCGUGCUAGGUAACCAAAGCAAAUGUGUACAAUUUGGCAAGGUGUCAGAGAGCUGCGAGAAACCUGUUGAGUACGUCGGACGCUGGACAAGCCUGGGCUUUGGACCUCAUCUUCCAGGCUGGAUGGCCAUUCAUGAAAACAUUCACAAGGAGCAGCUAUGAAGGGGUCUCACUCCUUUUUGGACUUGGAUGAGGAUCAGUUUGCCUUUCCAUUGUGUAAAAAAAAGGCACCACACAAUGUUGUAGGAAAUAUUCAAAACCUUUCGUAUUUUAUUUUUUUUCCUGUAGUGAGUGAUCCUGUUUCGUACCCGACUUCUCGUUUUGUGCUAAGAGGUGUGAAUGAGGCUGGGAAAUGGACUGUCAAGUGCCAUAGACCUGGGAGGAGGGUAGCUGCCAUGAUCUCCAUCUCCACCAUGGGAAGAGACGUCCUUCUUAGAAGUACUUCGGUCAAAUAGCAAUAGACAGGUUUUUUUCUUAAAAGAAAAUCAUCAAUGUAUUUUUUUUAAUCAAAAUGGAGACCCUUUAAGUGCUCCCUUGUUAUAUGGGAUUUUAUAUAAUUUAAAUUUUUUUAUGAUACCAGAAAUUAAAUUUCUGCAUUGUUUGGUUGAGGAAAUUGAAGACUAUUUCUCUCACCAUGAUGUGUGUGCACGGGACCCUGAGUCUUCUCCAUUGUGUUAGUCUGUUUUUAACCUUCACCCCUGCUCUUCCAUGGAAGUACUGAGAAACCUCUGGGCAUAUCAUUAGCCUGGGGGGGCAUGUCCACAAUGACCUGUGGCAGGGGUGCAAAUGUUUGGUCUGUGUGGUGGGGGGGCACAAACUUGGUGAAACUGUGACCUGUGGCCACAAGUUGCCUUUCCAUGGAAGCACCCUUAAUGGCGUCUUCCACGUCGCCUUGAGUUCUGCCCGGCACGUCUCAUUGUCAGGUACGUCCCUUUAAGGUAUCCAUCCCUUUAAGGCCUCCCCCAGGUGGUCUUGUGAAUAAAGAUGUCGGGUAUGUCGCUGUGUUGUUGCUGCAUGUCGUUCAGUGAUAUGGGGAGUCUGUUGGGGGCAGGAGGACGGGGUGGGGGGGCUAGAUUUUGUUUGAACAUGAAGCCUGCUAUGUUCUUUUAAUUUCCUAAACAAGGAAAUAAUUGAAUAGACAGUCUGGGACCAUCGUCUGCAUUAUCAGUAGUCACUUAUGAUUUUACCCAUUCUAUAACAGCACCUAAUUACUUAGCAUUAUUUGAUUUACUUUUAAAUAAAUGAAGGCAUUUUGCUUUUGAAAUGCCCAGUUCCUUAAUGUGCUUUAUGAAUCAACUUUUGUCACAUUUUACUGAUAUUACAAUAUUCUCUGCCUGCCGAAUUGUUGGCUGAGUCUGCGUUCACCAUGUUGAUAGAUGAAGCUGAAACAGGAAGAUCUGCGUGUGAUUUUACCCCUGUUGACUUGAUUGUUUUGUCUUGAAUCCCUCUGAAAUAGUGCACCAGGAGAACAAUCCUUGAGGGUUUUGGAAAUUGGAAAUCACAGCAGAUGAUGCACUUCCAAAUCGUGUUUAUCGACAUUUAGAAUUUAAAAAAAAAAAAAAAAAAAAAAAGCUUACUAAAGUCAUUGUAAUUUUUGGGGCCAGUCUUGCCCCCCCCUCCCCCCCCCCCCCCCCAUGCUGACCAAGCUGUUCAUGUAUGUGUUGUUGACAAUCUGGGGGUUAAAGGGCAGAGCACAGGCUGCUUGCAUAUCAUAGAAAGGACAACGUGAAUCCCACCCUUUUUUAUUUAUUUAGAUGACGUUCCUCUGAUUUUUAGACAUUACUAAUCAAAGUGUAAAUACUUUUUAAAAGUCAAAUGAUUAUGGCAUUAGUGACUUGAGUUUGAAAAACCAGCAAUAAAUUGCAAAGCAGAAAUGACUGUUUUAAUGUACAACUCUUUCAAAGGCAUCUCCUGAAGCAGCUAUGAUGAAUGAUACGCAGUUAUUCAACAUUCCAGACUUUGUAUAUAAUUAUUCUGUUUCUGAGGUGACCUUUGGAAAAUAAAAAUAAACUAAUUCUCUUUAAA